CGCGCGAGGCCUUGGCGGUGCACUGAGCAGGCCCUCGCCGGGACCGCGGGCGUCAGGCAGGCGCAGCGUCAGCCCGCCCCCAGUCUUGAAGCCUCCCUCUCGUGGCGGCUGCAGUGCGGCCUGCGUUGCCUCCCGUAGUUAUCCGACCGGCUAUGGCCGCUCGUCUCCUGCGUGUCGCCUCCGCCGCCCUCGGCGACACAGCCGGCCGGUGGCUGCUCCUCGCCGGACCCCGCGCCGGAGCCGGCGGUCUCCGGGGGAGCCGGGGGCAGGGCGGGAGCGCCAGGCCGGGCCUGGGCGGCGGCGCAGCUGCGGCGACGCGGACGCUGAGCGUGUCGGCGCGCGCGCGGAGAAGCUCAGAAGAUAAAAUAACAGUCCACUUUAUAAACCGUGAUGGUGAAACAUUAACAAGCAAAGGAAAAGUUGGUGACACUCUACUAGAUAUUGUGGUUGAAAAUAAUCUUGAUAUUGAUGGUUUUGGUGCAUGUGAGGGAACCUUGGCUUGCUCCACCUGUCACCUCAUCUUUGAACAGCACAUAUUUGAGAAAUUAGAAGCAAUCAGUGAUGAGGAGAAUGACAUGCUUGAUCUGGCAUAUGGACUAACAGAUAGAUCGCGGUUGGGCUGCCAAAUCUGUUUGACAAAGGCUAUGGACAAUAUGACUGUUCGAGUACCUGAUGCUGUGUCUGAUGCCAGAGAGUCCAUUGAUAUGGGCAUGAACUCUAAGCGAGAAUAAAUAGGAAUAUUUUCACAACAUUUUACCUAUUUUUAUAAUUAUUAUUUCUUAAUGUAAUUAAAUGAGAACAUGGAUGAAUGCA